CGGGCCGGCGGCUCUCUCAGUUCUCACCGUGUGUGUGUCGGUGUGUGUCUGCCUCCCCCCACCCCCCACCCCCCGUGUCUCCCGCUCUCUGUCUCUGUCUCUGUCCCGGUCCCGGGGCGGGCUGCAGCCUCGGGCUGAAGGAGGGAACUUUCCCGACCCCCCCGGGACAGGGUGACGGUGAGGGACAGACUGUGGGUCGGAGUGGUCUCCCCCCACCCCCCCUCACCCCCACCCCCUCACCCCCGGGGCCGCGGCCAUGGACGGCGGCGGCGCGGGGCUGCUGGCGGCGGCCGUUCGGCCGGGCCGCCCGGACUUGGUGCUGUUCCAGCGGGACACGGUGGAGCUGGGGUUGGACGCCGGGGGUUCCCGGUGCGGGUCCGGGGCGGGAGGCUGCGGGAACCGCUCCGAGCUGCUGGCUUACCCGCUCCGGGAGGCGCUGGUCCUCAGCUCGGUGGUCGCCCUCCUGAUGGCCCUGACCAUCUUCGGGAAUGUCCUGGUCAUUAUCGCCGUGUUCACCAGCCGCGCCCUCAGGGCUCCCCAGAACCUCUUCCUGGUCUCACUGGCCACCGCCGACAUCCUGGUCGCCACCCUGGUAAUGCCCUUCUCUCUGGCCAAGGAGCUGAUGGGUUAUUGGUAUUUUGGCCGCCUGUGGUGUCAGGUGCACCUGGCCUUUGAUGUCUUGUUCUGUACCGCCUCCAUCGCCCACCUUUGUGCCAUUAGCCUGGACAGGUAUUGGUCCAUCAGCCAGGCCAUCGAGUACAACCUGAAGAGGACCCCCCGCAGGAUCAAGGGCAUCAUUGGGAUGGUGUGGGUGAUCGCCGCUGCCAUCUCCUGCCCCCCCCUGAUCACCAACACCCACCAGGAGCUGGACUCCAACAUCUGUGACAUUAAUGACCAGGUCUGGUACAUCAUCUCCUCCUGUAUCGGCUCCUUCUUCGCUCCGUGUAUCAUCAUGAUCCUGGUCUACAUCCGCAUCUACCAGAUCGCCAAGCUCCGGAACCGGGGCCGCCCGAGAGACACCCACAACGGCCUCAGCCCGCCGCCAUUCCGCCCAUCAGCCCCGGAGCCGGGACAGCAGAACACCGCCGGGGGCGGGGGGACGGUGCUGGCCGAGGGCGAGGACUCCUCAUCCUCGGAGCAGCCGCCCUGCCCCGCUCUAGCCCCUUCCCCGUCCCCGGCUGCAGCCCGCCAGCACUCCCACCCACCGCAGCCGCGACACACCGCCGCCGCCGGGAGCCCGGCCAAAGCGAGGGGCCAGGUCCGCUGUGUGGACGGCCGGCCGGUGAGCAGCGUGGCCCCGCGGAGCCCCGGACCCAGCCCCGGGCCCUGGCCGGCUAGCAGCAGCAAGAGCGGCCGCUGGAAGAACCGGGAGAAGCGUUUCACUUUGGUGCUGGCGGUGGUGAUCGGAGUGUUCGUCCUUUGCUGGUUCCCGUUUUUUUUCACCUAUUCCCUGAUCGCCAUCUGCCCCAAACUCUGCCCCGUCCCGGAGAAACUCUUCAAAUUCUUCUUCUGGAUCGGUUACUGUAACAGCUCCCUCAACCCGCUCAUUUACACCGUCUUCAACCAGGACUUCAGGAAAGCCUUUCAAAAGAUUCUGUGUCGGGGUCAGCGCCGGGUUCAGAAGGUCUGAAGGACCCCCCUGGGGGUGAGGCUGGACUCUCCAAAACCCACCCCAGGCACCAGCCAGCCCGAGCCGUCUGUAUUUAUAAACAAAUGUGACUUUAAGCUCAGAAUAAACGGGAGACUUUGGGUUUAUUUUGGAUUCUGGUCUGUUGUAUCAUGGAACCGCCGCUGGACACCGGGUCCCGGCAGAGACAGCCCGCGGCUCCUGGGACAGGACACAAGGACCGGCCUUUCACCUCCACACCCCCUCCCCCACCCCCUCACUCCAUUCUCUCCCUCCCUCUCCCCCACACUCUCCCCUCUCCCAGAUCUUCCCCUGUCCCAGACUCUCUCUCUCCCCCUGUCCCACACUCUCCUCUGUCCCACACUCUCCCCUCUCCCAGACUCUCUCCCUCUCCCAGACCUUCCCCUGUCCCAGACUCUCUCUCCCCUGUCCCAGACUCUCUCUCCCCCUGUCCCAGACUCUCCCCUGUCCCAGACUCUCCCCCUGUCCCGGGUCAGGGUAACCGCGGUUGCUGGUGAAGGGCCGGUCAAUGCUGUCCUUAAAGCAGGCAUUUUAAAACCUUGUUUCGUUUUGUUUUUGAGCGUUUCCUGGGAGAGGGCUUAACCCGCCGGGAAAACAUCAAGGUGGGCUCAGGUAUCAGGGGCAAUUGGCUUAAUCCCGGGGGUGGGGAUAUCUCCCAUUGUAUACCGGCCACCGAGAAACGAGAAGUGUAACAGGCCGACCGUGCCGGCAACUCAAACCGACAGGUUCCUGUGGGGAAGGUGUGAUUGUACUGGAGGGAGGGAGGGAGGGAGGGGGUCUGAGGGGAUUCACCAGGAGGCUGCCUGAGGGUGGAGAGAGACUGGACAGCUCACAGUGGUUUUACAGCAGAGAGGACGGAGGAUAGUCUGAUUGAGGGGCACAGGGGGGUUAGGUAGGGACAACCCUCCCCCCUUAGU